AUGAAACAACAGAAAUAUGGUGAUUUUGCAAAUGUUCAUAAUCAAAUGGACGAUGAUUCAAAAGAGGAAGAGGAAUUAGUCUCAAACAUAGUAAUCAUGGGUGUCUCCUUGUUGCUUCUUGGAUUGAUAACCAUUGCUUUUGUUACCAACAUAGGUGGCUCCAAAACCGCACCUGUUCUUAAGAACCUUGAAUCUAUCUGUUCAAAAACAGAUGCACCAGAUUCUUGUCUUCAUGUCUUAAAACAUGUAGGUGAAAGAGCCACGGUUUUGGAUUAUAUAAAAGCUUCUCUUAAUGCAACCCUUGAAGAAUUUUUGGUUGUUAACAUACCUAAACCUUUUGUUGAAAAAGUUCUAACACCUAAGCAAGCACAAUCAUAUAGAGAUUGUUUGGAAUUGUUGAAUAUGGGAAUAGAUGAACUAAACUUUGUGUAUAUGAUCGCGAAUUCGUCUGUUGAAGAAGUAAUGCGAGUAGACCCGAAAGAUAUUAUGAAUAGCUUAAGUGCUAUCAUUUCAUAUCAACAAACUUGUGCUAACGAAUUGGUGAGAACAGAUACUUAUGAGAUUUUCGGGUAUUCUUUGAGCAUACCAACUCUUUUGACAAAGAUGACAUUAGCCAUUGUUGAGAAUUUCGUCAAGAUUCCAGAAUUCGACGAUAAAGACCUUGAUGGGUAUAAAAAAUUGCAAUCAAAAGACUAUGAACACACAUUUAAGGGAGUUGAGAAGACAAUAAAAAUUGUGGCUAAAGAUGGAAGUGGGAAUUUUACAAGUAUAAAUGAGUCAAUCCAUGAAUGUAUAAUGAAUAUAGAGGAGUCAUGUGUUAUUUAUGUGAAGAAAGGUAAAUAUGAGGAGAGAGUGGUGAUACCUAAUAAUUUAGGCCAAGUGAUCAUGUAUGGUGAUGGCCCUAUGGAUACCAUUGUUACUGGAAUCACCAUAGGAGACCCCAUGCUUACAACUCCCUUUCAGUCAGCUACUUUUGUGGUAAAGGGGAAAGGAUUUAUCUGCAAAAAUAUGGGAUUCAUUGCUCCAGCUAAUAUAACAGGAGCACCAGCACUCCUUGUACUUUCUGAUCGGGCAGUAUUCUUCAACUGCAAAAUUGAUGGCGAAGAAGGAAGUUUAUACGCAGUUGCGCAACGCCAAUUCUAUAGAGACUGCGAGAUUCGCGGUAGUGUAGACAUCAUCAAAGGAGAUUCAGCAGCCUUAAUUCAAAACUCAAUAAUCACUGUGAAGCAUCGAAAUUCAACUAACUUAGCUUUAAGAAAAAAUGUGGUGAGUGCUCAAACAAGAUUAGACAAUUAUGAAAGAACUGGUCUUGUGAUUCAAAACUGCACCGUUGUAGCAGAACAAGGUCAUGAUAGUCUUGUUCGUUCGACGUGUUUAGGAACUCCGCGUAAUGAAUAUUCAAGAACAAUCAUAAUGGAAUCGUUUCUCGGUGAUGUUAUACGUCCAAAAGGUUGGUGUAAAUGGAGUGACAAUUAUGGAAUUGAUACAGCAACAUUUAGAGAGUAUAAUAACAGAGGACCUGGUGCAGGAACUAAUAAGAGGGUGCAUUGGGAAAGUUAUAGAACAAUUUCUGAGAAUCAGAGACUUGAUAUGAAAUUUUUUACUGCUGGUGAGUUUAUUCAAGCAGAUCAAUGGUUGAUACAUACAGGCAUUCCAUAUGAAUCUGGAUUUCUCUUUCAUACAUAG